GAACAAAGAAGCAUGCAUCAUAACCCCUCCCCUUCCCUUUCCCCUCAACAACAAUAAUAAUAAUCCUUUCACAAACCCUUUAAUCAAAAAAAAAAAAAAAAAAAAAACACAUACACACACAAAAUCAAAUCCAAAAUCACACUACCAAAAAUAGCAUCUUCUGUUCAUCAACACACCCUACAAAUCAGCCAUUCAACCUCCAAUCGAACCUUCUAGGGUUUGUUCGUUCAAUCCAGCUGUAACACACACACAAAUCUCUCCGAAACAUCUGCAAUUCGUGUAUAAAACUCGCGAUUAUUGCUCGUUACAAUGGCGAACGGAACAGACGGUGAUGAAUACGUGUUGUUAUCGUCGAUUCGUCCUGGUUUAAAGCGUGAAUUUGCGUUUGCGAUGAAAUCGCAAUCGGAAAACUACGGUUUGUGUGGCCGGACGCGUGCUCGGAGGUCGCAGAUGUCGCCGGAGCGGUUGCCGGUGAGUAAAAAACCUAAAAGUGGUGAUCUAGGGCUUGAAAAUGAGGCGAAAGUUGAGGUUACGCGUGCUCGUAGGGCUCAGGUGUCGCCGGAGCGGUCACCGGUGAGUAAAAAACCUAAAAGUGUUGUUUUAGGGCUUGGAAAUGAGGCUAAAGUUGAGAUUUGUAAUGAAUCGGUAUGUAAUGAAUCGGUUUGUAAUGAAUCUGUCUGUAAGGAAUCUGUUUGUAAGGAUUCGGUUUGUAAGGAAUCGGUUUGUGAUGAAUCGGUCUUGAAUGAAUCGGUUUUGAAUACGGAUGAGGAAGAAUCGAAGAGUGACGUUGUUGAUCCAGGUAGAACGGUGAAUGAACAGAUGAGCGAGGUGAAAUCAGAGGCAAUGGAUGAAUCUGAUUUGAAAAUGGAGGUGAAUGAUCAUGUUAAUGAUAAUGUUAAUGAGGAUGAGGAUGAUAAAACUGUGGAGAAUGAGAAUGUGAUUAGUUCUGUUGAGAAUGAGAAUGGUGAGGAAGAGAAAAAGUUGAAGAAGGCUGUGAUGAAGAGGUUUCCUACAAAGUUGAAGGAGCUGCUGGAGACUGGAUUGCUUGAGGGAUCACCAGUGAGGUAUGUGCGUGGAUCAAAGGUGAAACUUGUAGAGAAGGGACUGCCAGGUGUGAUAAAAGGAUCUGGAAUAUUGUGUUUUUGUGACACAUGUGGUGGGAAGGAGGUUGUGACUCCUAAUCAGUUUGAGUUGCAUGCCGGAAGUGCGAAUAAGCGGCCGCCUGAGUACAUUUAUUUGGAUAAUGGUAACACCCUAAGGGAGGUUUUGAACAUGUGUAAAAGUGCUCCGUUAGAUGUAAUGGAAGAAAUCAUUUUAAGAGCGAUAGGUUGCUCGUCUAAAGAGAAACCCUCAUUUUGCUUGAAAUGCAAAGGGUCUUUUCCUGAAUCAGAUAACCAGAAGACAAGGCUUUUGUGUGAUUCAUGUACAGAUUUAAAAGAGUCUCAGCCUCGCCCCCAGGUUCCUGUGCCCUCUAAUGAUAUCGUUGACAGGUCAGUAUCUCCGGUAGCUGCUCCUAAAUCUACCACACGAGUAGCCAACAAUAGUUCUUCUCGCAGCAAGGCCCAUGGAAGAAUAACUAGGAAAGAUUUGCGUAUGCACAAAUUUGUAUUGGAGGAGGAUGUGCUAGCUGAUGGAACAGCAUUAGCUUAUUUUGCUCGUGGGGAGAAAGUAUUGGAGGGUUAUAAAAAAGGUUCUGCAAUCUUUUGUUAUUGCUGUAAAAAUGAGGUCAGCCCUUCACAAUUUGAAGCUCAUGCUGGUUGGGCUUCACGUCGCAAACCUUAUUUACACAUUUACACAUCGAAUGGCGUAUCUCUCCACGAGCUCUCAAUAAAACUGUCGAAACAAAGGAAGCUUUCUGCGGAUGAUAACGAUGAUCUGUGCUCCAUCUGCGCAGACGGAGGUGAACUUUUGUGUUGUGAUAAUUGCCCAAGAGCUUUUCACCCUGAAUGCAUCUCUGAGGCUGUCCCGCAGGGUACUUGGUAUUGCAAAUACUGCCAAAACAUGUUUCAAAAAGAAAAAUUUGUUGAACGAAAUGAAAAUGCACGAGCUGCUGGUAGGGUCGAAGGUAGUGAUCCGAUUGAAGAAAUAACUAAACGUUGCAUUCGUAUUGUUGAAAAUCCAAUUGGAGAUUCUGGUGCUCCUGCUAAAAGAGGAGCUCCUGCAUGUGUUCUAUGCAAGGCACAUGAUUUUAGCAAGUCUGGUUUUGGCCCGAGAACUGUCAUCAUAUGUGAUCAGUGUGAGAAAGAGUACCAUGUUGGCUGUUUGAAGGAACACAAAAUGGACAACCUUAAGGCAUUGCCUAAAGGAGAGUGGUUUUGUUGUACCGAUUGCAACAACAUUCAUACGUGUUUAGAGAAUCUGGUGGCUGGCGGUUUAAAAACACUUCCGGAAACUUCGUUAACUGCUAUAAAGAAGAAACAGGUGGAACAAGGAUUAGAACCCAGUGCCGAGCUGGACAUCAGAUGGCGGCUUUUGUGUGGGAAAAUGGCGUCUGAUGAUACGCGUGUGCUGUUAUCCAAAGCUGUUGCUAUUUUCCAUGAUCGGUUUGAUCCAAUUGCUGAUUCGACCACUAGCCGUCUCGAUCUGAUUCCCCACAUGGUUUACGGGAGAAGUUUAAAACAACAGGACUAUGGAGGGAUGUACUGUGCUACACUGACAGUCAACUCUACGAUUGUAUGCGCUGGCAUAUUUCGUAUUUUUGGGCAGGAUGUAGCUGAAAUUCCUUUAGUGGCUACAAGUAGUGAAUGUCAAGGAUUGGGUUAUUUCCAAGCUCUGUUUUCUUGUAUUGAAGAACUGCUAGCUUCAUUAAAUGUAAAAGUUCUCGCACUUCCUGCCGCUGAUGAAGCUAACUCUAUGUGGAUCAAGAAGUUUGGGUUUGAGAAGAUGCCGGAUGUAGAGUUGAAGCAGUACAGAAAGAAUUACCAGCUAAUGGUUUUUCAAGGAACCUCAAUGCUAUACAAGACCGUCAAGAAGCCUCAAGGGUUGGUUGAUGAUAGAUAGUUAAGUUUUAUCGGGCCCAGCAUGACGAGCAAAACAUGCGAUUUUUUGGUUUUUAUAUAUAUAUAUAUAUAUAUUUGGAGAAAGGUAGUAACCGUCCUACCUGAUAUCUCUCCCGUUUUGGUACAAAAUCUGGCAUUUGGAAAUUCUUUUUGUUUUGUUAGUCCAAGUUUAUACGGGUGACCCGUUGGGCGAUUUUGGUUAGGAGAUAUAAGAUAUAAACUUUUGUUUUGGAGUUAUUGCUGAUGACAAAUUGGAUAUAAUUUUGGUUUUUUUUUUUCUUCAUAUAUUUUUCUCCUAAAAUUUUCAAUGUGGAGAUAAUGGGGGCCUUUUGCAGCCAA